UUCUGAAAUGCAGAAAGGCUUAUCUGCAGCCGCAAAUGGGAAUCUGGAAUAACUAUGAAAAACACACUGAAAUAAUUGUGUUUGACUGGAACAAAAUUCUUGCAAAGUCCCCAAGGAUGAGAUUCUGUGCCAAAUCAAUGCUUCUAUCUGACUGGCUUUUUCUGGUCUAUGUGUUAAUGGUCUGCUGUAAAUUGUUGUCCGCCUCUAGCCACCAUCCCCGGGGACACACAGGCCAGCACCAAGUCAAGCAAGGGACAUGCGAGGUUGUGGCAGUGCAUCGUUGCUGCAAUAAGAACCGGAUUGAGGAACGAUCGCAAACAGUCAAGUGCUCCUGCUUCCCGGGGCAGGUGGCUGGGACAACGCGGGCUCAGCCCUCAUGUGUGGAAGCUUCUAUUGUCCUGCAGAAGUGGUGGUGUCAUAUGAACCCCUGUUUGGAUGGAGAGGACUGUAAGGUGCUACCAGACUACUCAGGGUGGUCUUGCAGCAGUGGAAAUAAAGUCAAAACUACAAAGGUAACACGGUAGCAAAGAAUAAACCUGUGGGUCCUACUGGAACAAUGGUGUGUGCAACUGCAUUGCUUGGCUGUUAGACAGAGACCCUAUUUUGUGAGGGUGCUACUGACUUCAUUCUUUGAACUUGCAAAAUGACUUAGUGAAAAGAACAACUCUUCUUUCAACCGUGGCUGCAGUUCCUGAAGCUGGAUUUUGCUAUACAGAACAAUGAAUGUUUAAUUUAGUGAGAAAACACAAGAUUUGGUUCUACCUGAAAUGCACCUUGGAUUCUCCAGCUUCUGCCACCUGACAGCAUUUUGUAGAAGCACAAACCUGAACUUCUGCAGUACAUC